ACGGAAAAGAAAAGACGAGUGUGUUUCCACCCGGACUAACUUUGCUGCAGAACGCCGGUAAAUCUGAAAACACCAGUCAUGCCUUGCUAAGCAUUUCUGGGACCUGCUGUGUUUUACCUGCAGAUACUUUAAUGUAAGAUGUCCGGAGCUUCAGACGGAACGGAGGCUAACUGGAUCCUGCGGCAUCCCGCGCUCCAGCAGAUGAAAGAGCUGCAGGUGGGGGACAGUGAGCAGAUCCACGCAGCUUUUUUGGUCUACAUGGAUCUGACUGAGGUGCGUCGGUGGAAGGAGGUCUCCUGUGUGAAAAUUCCCGACCUGCAGGCGGUUCUGCUGGAGGCCCAGGAGAAGGAUGGAGGUCCGGUCCACACCAUCCUGCCGCUACCGGUUCACCAAUCUCUAAGCCACAGGAGCAUCCGCCAGGCGCUGGACCGGGGCUUCCCUCUGCUGCUGUGUGCCGUGGCGUCCGACUCCACCCUGGUCUACCAGAGGAUGACCGAUGGGUUGGUGACCCCCGACCCCCCUGUUGGGCCCUUUGAGGACGUGGGGCGGCGGCAGCACCGGAAGAGGCGGCAGCAGCAGCGUUGAUGGCAGUGUGCUUCUCCUCUCCUGCUUGUGCAGCUCUACAGUUUGAAACUUCAGAGCAGUGCGGUCCUCACAUCCUCGUGGUCUUGGCAUGGAUAAGAGGGGUAUGAAACAUUCAAUAGUGACUUUUCAUUUCAUGACAGAUGUAAUUAUCCCACUUUGUCGUCAGCUUCCUCUUCCUUGGAGGACGUUUCCCUUCUUCAUGUGUCCACAAGUGCUCAGGACAAGAGGGGAAAUCUGUUUCAAGUUUUAUUUCAAAUAUUAGUUUUGUACAGAAAUAUUGCAUAUUUUAUCAAAGGUAGAAUAAAUGUAAUGAAAAAAUAACUUCCUGAAGUUACUGAAUUUUGGAAUAAAUUCCCAGGAAACGUAGAAAAGUUCUUGUUUUUGCUUUUUUCCCCCCAUAUGAACUUGUUCAUUCCUGCCAGACUGUUAUUGGGAAGCCACUUUAGAGCAUCAGAUAGCAUGGGGGGAGCUGGAGUCCAGCUGAGCAGUGUUCACCAUGAUGAUUGACAGCACUAAGACCCGCCUCCUGACUCUGAUUGGUUGUUACUUGUAGCUUGAUUUAGUUAGUUUUUUUUUACAGAUUUACUUUCUCAACGUGUUGUCAUGACAUGGUUACUUUUUCAGCAAAUAUGCAAAAUAUAUAUAUUUUAAAUAAAACACUGCAGUGAGCCAUAUGCUGUUUUACAUGGACACAUUCUCUGCCAAGAGCCACCAGAAAUACCCCAGAAAUGUCACCAUUAAUUAUUAAUAGUAUAUUAAUAUCCAAUAGUAUAUAAAUAUUAAUAAUUAGCUGAACAUUUGAUCUUGUGUGUCUGCUGUCCCUCUGCUCAUCUCUAGAAUAGAACCAGUCGAAUUCGUGUAAACACUUUUAAUUUUCCUAAAAAAGAAAAAAAA